UAUUUAGGACAUAUUAACGGAUAUAUAGAUAUUACGCUAAACCGUUUUAAGAAGUUUCAAAUCGAUUUAAUUUCAAACCCUUUUAACGCCAUCAUAUAAACAUAAUAAUUGAUAACACCAUAGCGGCACAGAUUAUCUAAUCUGUGAUAGCGAUAGCUCUUAUAAAUGUUUACUUGACUUGAUACGUAUAACUUAUUAAUCAAUAUUCAAUAUUAAAAAAUAACAAGCUUUUUUCAGUUUUAAAAAUUAACUGAAAAAAUGUCAGCAAAGAGGAAUGUACCACCUUUUUUGAGCAGUUUAUUAGAUUUUGAUUCGAAACUUACUUCGGUGUUAUGUAACUCAGUUUCCAAGUUUUUACCAUCGCGCAAGUUUAAUACAUAUUACAAAGGAUUAGAGUAUUCGUGCCACGGAAUUGUAUGGCUUGCUGGUUGGAUGACAUCUAUUUGGGUCUUUUGGUCACAACCAAUGUUCCAAAUGCAAGUGAAUUUCCUAAUUGGUCUGUUGAUAGAUGUAUUUGUGGUAGCUGUACUUAAAGCCUUCAUUAGACGACGACGGCCUGUGGGCAAUCCAACUUAUCAAUGGAUGACAAUUGGACCAGAUUGUUAUUCUUUUCCAUCUGGCCAUGUGUCCCGCGCAUUUUAUAUUACAUUUUUCUUUUCACUAUUGUACCCGUUGAAUGAAUUAACAAGUAUAAUAAUUUUCGUUUGGGCCUUAGCUGUGGCUGUUAGCAGAAUUUUGCUUAGACGUCAUCAUUUGUUGGAUGUAUUAGCUGGAGGUUUAGUUGGAUAUUUAGUAUCAUUGGCUGUAAAUUUAAUUUGGGUUGAUCAAAGUACUGCUGAAUACAUGAUUUCAUUCAUAUCUGAUGACAGAAGUGAAGGUGCAGAAUAUCAUGUAUAAUUUUCUAGCAACAGGGUUUGUUUUUAUUUGUUUAUAAAUAUCAUUAAAUUAUCGUUUUAAACUAUAGACCAUGAGAGUUCAAUUUUGUAACGGGAAUACAAAUUAUAGGAAUAAUUUGUAUACAUAAAAAA